GCCAAAUUGUUCUAUAAAUCUUUAUAGAACAACAAAAAAUAAAUGGAGCGAUAGAAUCAGAGUUAGUAUCAAAGUCGGUUGUACGGGAUGGCGAGCCUCAUGAAAUCGGGAAAGGCCAUUUUGGAGAAUUUGGGUAAUAUUUUAUCAAGAUCAUAUACCAGGAGGAAUGUUUCACUGAUCUGCCCUGGUUUAGGACAUGGAUUGAUAAGGUAUGUCAGAAAAUAUGAUCUGGUGAGAACUUCAUGUCUAUUCUUUCCUCGAGCAACAAUUCUAUCACCUGAACUAUUCUUAAACGAUUCAUCUCUACUUUCUCUCCAGAAGCGAUGGGCUUCGCGUUCACCUUCCCUUUCCAUGACUAAGCUCAGUAAAAAAGAGCUCUCUCAAAUCGUCAGGGAUGUGAUGAAAGAAUGGGGCAUGCCCAAUCUGGAGAUGCCAAAUGAGAACUCUCUUCAAGAGGUGCGAGGAUUUGCAAAAUUUAUAUGCUCCAACCCAUCAUGCCCCCGCGACUGGUUUAGCCGUUUUGCGUAUGCCGACAUCAACUGGGAGCAGCAGAAAGUGACCAAAUUGUACAAACAGAAGUGCAACAAAUGUGGAACGAAAAAUGAGCCAUACUUCUCUAGAGGUAACUUCAAAAGAAUCGUUCAAAAUGCAAUCGAAAAAUUUUACAGAAAUUUGUCCAACUCGGGCUCUCCAGAUGACGAAAUCGUUCAAGGUGGUCUUUCUCACAAAAGUAAAUUGUGCGAAAAGUGUGGAUACGGAAAAACACGCUGCUGGACACAUAAGUAUAAGAAAGAAAAAUAGAUGGGAAAAUUGGUAUCUAAUAGAUAGAGACGCUGUAAGCUCAUAAUAUACUAAAAUGAAAGGCUCUUUUCUAAGUUUUUCACCAAUAGAAUUAGCAUUUCUAAUAUUCAACAUAAUGGUAAACAAUAUUGUUAUAUGCUCUCUCACAGUAAUAUAUUAUUGUAAUAUUACAGAGAAAGAGAGAGCAUUUGGCAACCUCGCAUAAGAAAAGCUCCAACGACCGAGCAAGAAAAUAUGCAUUUCUUUUAAUGUAUGGUUGCAGCUAUACAGAUAAUACAUGCAUGUAGACAUCUGAAUAUUCUACAAUUUUUUGUCUUGUUGUGGGUAAAGAUGAAAAGAGUAUACUCGAAAAACAAAUUGGUACACAGAAAGACGAUUAUUUAAGUUUGAAAAGAAAUUUAAAAAAAAUGCAUAUCCAUUGGUAUAUUCACUCUAAAAACACUGAGUAAACUUUUACCCAAUAGUGGGUUGAAAGGGAACAUGCAUGUUUGCUGAGUAUUUUUAACCCAAUAUUGGGCUAAAUGCAUGUUUUAAUAGUAGAUUUCAUUUUUUCAAAGCAACAUUGCGUAAAAUUCACAAAAUAUGUAGUAUCAUUUUACCCAACCAACAUGCAUGUUCCCAUUUUACCAAAUAUAGGUAAACCUUUUUUAGAGUGUAUAUUGGGCAACAUAAAAAUAUUCAUAAGUUAUGUCAUAAUCAUUCGUUAAUUGAAUUAUUUUUUAUAGAAAAAUUAAGGUAUGGGUGCAUCUGAGCUGCAAUAUUUGUUUUGUCUAUUGUUUUUUUCUUGGGUUUUUUUAGUGUAUAAGCUCAAAUUUGUUUUAUGAAGUUAUCGAAAUAAAAAUCAUGAAAAGUAUUAUUUUUUUUUAAUGAACCUACGACAAUGAGACACAACAAGGGACGGAGAAAUGAACAUGUGUAGUGGAACGUAGCGACCGAGCACGAAAAUUUGUUUUUUCACCAGUGAGGCUUAACAUUAUGUUUGAAGCCACAAACGAUAUUAUCACUUUCUCACAUGGGGGGGGGGGGGCGGUCCUUGCGUUACCGGCCCCUACAUGUCAACGAGGACCAUUUUCCUAUUUUCAAAUAUGAAAAAAAAAUCACCAAACAAAUUGGAACAAUAUUAUUUUCUGAGCCCCCUCAUAAAAAACCUUAACACACACACACACCCUCACACACCCACACACGCACCCUCCCUCACACCCUCACACAUUAACACAAUCCUUGAUUGACAGGUACCUGAUGAAUGUCGUGAAGCUAUAUGUGCAACGAUUAAUGAUGAGAGUGCAUGAUAAGUGGGUUUUCCCAAAAAUUUGUUGACUUGCGAGCAUUCAGGCUUACUUCAAACUACCUCCAUACAGAUUGGAGAAUGCAAGCAUUGCAUUUAAUAGGAGAAGUAACUAAAGCACAAAAACAAUGUGAGCAUAGGCCAGUAUCCGGGGUAUAUACCAUACCCAGACUUGCAUUAUUUGUAUUAUUAUUAUUUGUAUUACUUGUACAAUUUUUGGCCCUUUUUUCAAGGCGCUUAAAUAUUGAAUUCGGAUAUAAAGAUUUCCCCAUCCCCUCGAUUAUCAAGGUCCGUUGCCAUUGACAACCCAUUGCCAUGUAUGUAGUGUUCAUCGAUGAACUUAUUUUCCAUGAUUAAUGAAAAUGGAUAUUACGUCACUGGAUGAUUUUUUUUAAACUGACCAACUAUAGUCGGUUAAAACAGCAGAAUUCAUGUCAAACUUGUUUGUGCGAUUUAUCCAUCAGUCCCAUAUAUACUCAUCAGUGUGUGUAGUGUUUUGUAGACGUGAUAUCAAGACGGAUUAAAGUUUUUG